AUGCAGGUCGACUUUGGCGACCAAGGAGAGUCGGAGCACAACCUGCACCUGACAGCCAACCCUCACCAACACGCCCAUCCACGUAGCCACUACGAGCAUCCUGGGCCUGGCAGUGGGCCGCCCUACCUGCCCUUUCGGCAUCCAGGUAGUGGUGGUGGUGGAGAUGGAGGUGGAGGAGGAGGCGGAGGAGGAGGAGUACCAGCAAUUGAUCCGGCACUUCAUCAGAGCACAGGUGCCAGCCGCAAUGUGCACACGCCCAUGUCGGCCGUCCCCCAUCAGGCCCAGUCAAACCACCUACUUCAGCCUGACAAUGCCGGCCACUUCUCGCACGGCUUGUAUGGCGACAUGCGCAGCUCCCAAACUCCCCCAGCCUCUGCGAACGCAUCGCCGCGCUUCUCCGCCAUAUCACCAACCAGCCAGCCGCGCCAGGUGGCAUCGCACUAUGAGCCCUCGGACCGCAACCCGCCCGCGCGCGACGUGUCCGACGAGACCAUCGACGACGCCUACGCCGCCUUCAUACUGUACUGCAACCCCAACUUCCCCACCACCAUCGACACGAGCGAGCUGGUGAAGCUGUUCCGCACCCCGCCCAAGAGCGACGGCAACGCCUUCAGCACUUGGACUCUCUUCGAACUGAUCCGCAAAUUCGAAGCCAAGGAGAUCAAGACAUGGACGCAGUUGGCUUUGGAUUUGGGUGUAAAGCCGCCAAACACCGACGAGGGACAGAGCACGCAAAAGGUGCAGCAGUACUCAGUCAGACUCAAGCGAUGGAUGCGCGCAAUGCACAUUGACGCCUUUUUCGAGUAUCUGAUGGGCAAGCAGCACCCCUACUGCCUGCAGAUACCACCACCACAUGACCCCUUUCCACCUCAAGGGCGUGAUGGUGUAAUCCUAGAGGAAGACUUGGCCAUCCGGGCUCUCGAUCCCAAGUUCAAACCGAAACGCGGACGCCGGAAAGCUGACGAUGGAGAGGAUGACAUUGAUUUCGACGAAGGCACGCCAGCUCGCAAGCGGCCUCAGCUAGACACGUCAAUACCAUUCGGUAAUGUGCUACAGCCUCAAUCAGCCUAUCCUACCAGCGCCCAUCCCAACAACAUGCAUGGGGGAUUCUUGACACAAGAUCCGUGGACAUCAGUGUCAGCAGUCACCCCGUCUUCCGCCUUGACUGCAGCUUCGGCGCCGAGCCGUCUAGGCCACAGUAAUCUGACGCCAUACUCAGCAUCGCCCAUGUCGGGUCAGCAGAUACGUUGGCGGCUAAACACAGAGAAUCCUCAGACGCCCCAUCCACUCUCCGCUGUAACACCACAAUCAGCCUAUCCAUUCUUCGAUGAGCCACAAUCCGCUGUCACGCCUUCCAGCUCCAGGUCACGAUCCCGUCGGCGACACGGUCCCGCUGUGUCGUCAGCAUGGUCGACCAAUAACAGCUCAUCGACUGGCAAGUUGCGUGGCCGUCCUCCCAGCAAUCGCUCGAUUCGAGAUGGACCUUAUGUGACGUUCCCGGCGAACCCCAAGACGAAAGAAGAACCACCCAUCGACCGGAAUCCAGGCAAUCUGACGCCAAUUGUUGAACGGGCGCACUCGGACCCUCCAGCGCCCGAGAACUCGUUUCGUUUCCCACCCACACCAGCCUCUGCCAUUUCACCAUCUAAGAUGGAAGGUCCGCUGCCGGGUGGUAUGCCGCAGAAGCAGCGAUUGAGUCUUCAAGUUCCACCUAAUGUUGGCAACCCAGUAGUGCGUUUAGUCACUCCAACUGUGCUUGUCAAUGGGGAGGAGAAUCAGUCGCCAGGUACUGGCCUGGGACCCUCCCCAAUAAGCGCUGCUUCAGCGCAAGUAACGCCUGCACAUACGUACGACCAACAGAUCGGCUUCGGUCUUGGCGGGCCCACUGGUGGCGUAAGAAGAGUAGAUUGCAUACGUUUUCGCGUCGGCGGUGACGGCUACGAGUCUCCGAUUGACGAUGAGGAUGAAGAAGCCGAAACGAGCAAUGAUGCCCAAGGCAGCGGGCGUAUUAAGGAAACGUUUGAUGUCCUUUUUGCCGUAUCAUUCGGCGGGCUAAGUGGAGAGUGGAUCGCAAAAGGCCUAGAGGCUUCAAAUGAGUCUGAAGCCGAUGCUGAAAGCCGAGACCGCGGCAGAGGCUCAAAAGACACAGAGGGGGCAAGAAACGAAACGAAUGAUGAACACUGGAAAAGUAAAUAUUUGGAAGCUCAACGCAAGAUAUGGGAGAUGAAAGAGGAGGUGAAGAGUCUCAAGGAUAGAGUCCUGGAGGCUGUUUUGUAG